ACUAUUUUUAGAUUUUAAUAACAAAAUUACAUGAUGCUGCAUCGUACAGGAAGUACCGAUGUAUACAUUUGACGAUAGACAACCAAGACGUCCAUAUUGUCGUAUAUCGUAAAGCCUCUAUAUGCUAGACCUAAAGCUUGUCGCGGUGGGAGAUCGCGCGGCAGGGAAGACUUGCCUGUUCAUCGCCUACACAACCAAUUCUUACCCUAAAGAAUAUAUACCUACGGUGUUCGACAACUACUCAGUCAAUGUCAUCGUUGGUGGAGUACUAGUCAGUGUGUGUUUAUGUGAUGCAUAUGGAAAUACGGAGGACUAUGACCGUUUGAGGCCAUUAUCCUAUCCCUUCACAGACGUAUUCCUCGUUUGUUUCUCAGUAGGAAACCGAGAGUCUUUGCCAAAUGUAACAAGAAAAUGGAUACCAGAGCUAAGACAUCACUGUCCUAAAACGCCAAUCAUAUUGGUUGCCUGUCAGAUAGAUUUACGACAUAAAUGUCCUGAUCUUGUGACGUACGAGGAAGGGUCAAAGUUCGCCAGUGAUCUGGGAUUGCCUUACAUAGAAACCAGUGCGCUUACUCAACAGGGUGUAAAGGAUGGUUUUGACACAGCAAUCCGAGCAGCGUUGCUUUCAACACCGAAGAAAAUAACAAAGUUCCAACCGUGGUGUUCCUGUAGCAAUAGAAAAGAAAUCCCAACUCCUCCCGCGAUGCCCCCUGCCAGUAAGGCCCCGUGGAUUGAAGUUGAAACAUCCAGAUUUGCUGAGGAUUGGAUGGCGAUGCACGAGAACCCUGUACAUGCUGAUGUGACAUUCGUAAUGAACGGGCAACACAACCUUGACGCGCAUAAAAUAGUUCUUUGUUCAGCCUCCAAAUACUUCAGACAAAUCUUUGGAUUGAUGACGCAUAAGAUGAAGAAGAUAAAAUCCUUGGAUAACAUAAUCACGUAUGAACUGACCGCCGGACUCGUUCCUGGAAUUGUAGCAGUUUGUGACAAGGACAAGAGUUCAGAGGAACUCCUGGGUCAAGGUCGUCGCCAUACAUUAGUGGAGCUCAGCGCUGAUAUCAAACCAAAAACAUUUGUCAGAAUCCUGGAAUUUCUUUACGCUGGUUUACUUAGAUUUACAAACGAUAAAGACAUGAUUGAACAGGACGAACUCGCUGACGUCAUGAGGAUAGCCGACAUGUUUGAAAUACCGCGACUGAGAGAUAUUUGCCAAAAUUAUCUCUCUGAGCAGGAAUUUCUCAAUCCAAGUAUAGCAACUUGCGUGAAUGAAGAAACAAAAGAGACGAUGAAAGAGAUUUACUUCAAUAAACCUGAGAUGGCUGACGUCACUUUCAAGGUGGAAGGAAGAACGAUAUAUGCUCAUAAAAGUGUGCUGUGUACAAGAUGCAGAACUAUGGCGGCUAUGUUUGGAGACCGCUUCGUGGAGGGCCAAGCGACUAUAUCUGAGGUGAAUAUUCCAGAUACUUCGGCAGAAUGUUUCCUGGCUCUUUUGGAAUACCUGUACACCGACCAUGCGCCUGCUGAAGAUAUUGAAGCGACGGAACUACUUGUUCUUGCUGAUAGAUACGGAGUGAAACGUCUCGUGGAUCUGUGUGAACUAUACAUUGCCAAGGAAGUCGACAGGAGUGUGACAACAAAUAUAGAGAAAGCAGAAAUUGACGUCAUUGGGAUUCUACACACGUCACAGAAAUACAAUGCAAAACAAUUGUCCAGAUGGUGUCUUCAUUUCAUCUCCACAAACUACAUGUCCUUCCAGCACCGGCUGGAAUUCUCCUCAUUAAAGGGAGAUAACAAACCGUAUAUUGAAGAGAAUCGGUGGCCUCCAACAGCAUACCUCCGUGAAGUGGAAACGUACGAGAAACGCCUAAAAGAUGUUGAAUGUUCGUUCAAAUGUUCAAUUAUAUAGACAUGUAAUUUGCAUUUGAUGCAUGAAAGAUUGGUGUGGAACGAUAAACUUUCACUUGAAUGACACACUAGAUUAUUGAUCUAGGACUAAAACAAAACAAGAGAAUACCGAAGCGGCAACAAACCCAUAAUUCGAAUCAAAAGAUAAGCUUUUGGGCCUGAUGCUGAGGAAGCUAUUUGUGCUAUACUUGUGAAUAAUUCUGGUUCAUUUAACUGCGACAUCUGGCACAUACUGGAUUGAAUUAUAGAUAUAAUUGAAUAUACUUAUGUAAGUUUAUAUUUCUACAUUCUUUCUUUCUUAACAUUAUUAUUUUUUUGUAUAAUUUGGUAAGUAUGCAUUCGCUAUGCUACCCUUUUUAUGUUAAUUAAUGCAUUGUAGGUCUGACAAGUUGGAAGACCAGAAUUUGGAUUUAAUAUAAUAACGGAUAAAGUGUAUACACUCUUCUCGUGCAUAUAUUGAAUUUUUCGAUAUUUGGUCAGAUGAUAUCCCGAUGCAGGCAUUACUUAUAUUCUAUGUGAAGAUAUUUCAAAAUGAGUAGCUUCUAUAUAUCAGAGGCCAAAGAUUUUACCUUACCAUGUAAUUUACAUAGUAUGUAACACUCCCUGUCAAAUUGUGUGGAACAGCUGAAAAGCGUUCUGUUUUAGCCGCUUACUGUUGAAAACUGUAUUGUUGUUGUUGUUGCUUAUAUGCAUUUGUAACUGUAUCAUAUCAUACAUUCUGCUAUCGAUUCUUUUUGGACCUACGUCUGUUCAAUUGAAAAAAAAAUCUGAUUUUUCUAGAUCUAAAAAAGGAACUAAAGUAUUCUGUUGUGUUUUAUUUCUGCAUGUGAUCGUUAGGUUAACCGAAUUGUUUAAAAGUUUAACAUUUUUAAGAAUGUUCUAGGAGUUCGGACAGGUAAAAGUUUGAAUAGUUGAUAAAGAGUAGUUGAAUACAUAAUUAAAAAGGUUGCCAUAACAAAUCUGGAUCCAAUCGAUUAGCUCACGGUAAUAUCAAGUUCGGUCAUGAGAAAAUCGAAGUCAGUAGAGAAGAAACCUCCGAAUUGCCGAGAUUGGUGACUCAUUAAUGAAACUGCAAAUACCUCAACUCACGUUUCGAUUGUUUAAUUUCAAACUACAUAUUAAUAUAGUAUAAAAUCUGCAUAAUUGUUCGUUUUGUGUCUUCUGUUGAACUUUUUCUAGCAUCUAGCAGUGUCCAUCCAGUGUAAUAAUUCAAGUUCAACAUCCAUUAAAAGAUCACUGAAACCGGAAAGAAAUUAAACAGGACCUAAAUCUUCCGAGUCAAAACUCUAGAAGUAGAGCAGUAAAUUAAUUAUUUCUGUGACGAGAGAAAGGAAGACUUUCCUCAAACCGUUUCACUUCCUUAUAAGGACAACAGAACCCGUGAUAAUUAAACUCCAAAUAGUAUUACAGUGGAACACAAAGGCCAAACACAAUGGACUGAUACGAUGGCCUGGCCUACUGAUGUCACCUUUAAUCCUGUUUCUUUACCAAUAAAUAUACUUUCAAGCAAAUAUCUAAAGGAUUCUGGAUAAUAUCCUUCCCUUUUAAAUAUGUUGCUAUGGAUUGAGAUGAAUGAUAAAUUGCUAUCGAAGCACUAACAGACUUGAUGUCGUUCAGCAUUAAUAUGAGUUUGAAUAAGUCAGCCUCUUCUUUUUGACAUCUGUUUCCGAAUCCUUGGUGCUGAUUUGAAGGUAACAACACUGGCUACUCCGCUACUUUCAGUGAUAACUCUUUUCUAUCUACGAAGUGGUCAAAUUAUUUCUUUUUUAUAUAUAUAUAUGUAGUAGGACGAGAAAUACUGAUAAGGAUAGUGCCGCUCGAACCCGCGACCCUUGGCUUUCCUAUUUUUGCUUUUAUUUUCUUCCAUUUUUAAAGGACCCCAUUGGAAAUAAGCCACUCUGUGGCUUUUAUGGGUUAUCCUAGGUAAAUGCACACACCACUCCUAUUGUGCGACUUAUUUAUAUCUAACUUCAUGUACUAAAAUAUAGUCUGUCUCAUUUUAUAGUAAUAUCUGCCCUUUUUUACAGUGUAUCAGACUUUUUUUUUAGAUUUUUAUACUCUAUAUAUGUCAAGGAUUUAAUUAAGAAACCUUUUAUUAUGAUAGACUAUUAUUAUUCUCAGUCU